CCCAGCGGACAUGCGCAGUUGACCCAUCAACGAGAAGCUGUUUAUAAACCCGAGUGCUUAUUUGUGCCAGAGACUGUAGCCCCUAGCUUCCUCCGCGCCGCAGCGGGACCAUGUUUACCUCCCAGACUUCGUCCUUCCAGGAGUCCAUCGACGUGGAGGAGAGAGAUGACUUCGACAGCGAGGACAUCUCCGGGUACAGCCAGAAAUCUCAGCUCAACUGCUACUACACCAUCUACCUGUAUCAGGGCACGAGAUCUGAGGCUUCUGGUGACAGUGUGGCAUGGAACCAGAGACGAGCAGACUCCACAACCAGUCAGGAGGACUUUAGCCUGACGCUGAUCGACAGCAGCCUGCCAUCGGAGGCGGAGCCCGAGCUGCGGACCUACAUCUCAAGGAGGCUGAGUAAAGGAGCGCUGCUCGGAGGCAUGGGAAACAUCGCCACCGUGGAACUCAGUCUCCCAGAGGAGUCGGUCGGCUGCUACUGCUGCCUCCUCGAGCAGGAACAUUCUCCUGAGCAGCCUGAUGCUGAUGGUAAUGGAUAUGUUGUCUGUUUCAUGGGUGGCUCUGAAAAAGGACUGAACCUAUUUAGAUUAGAGCUUGAUAAAUAUGUCCAAGGCCUUCACAGCAGCCUGCAAGCACCAGAGCUGCAAAACUUGGAGACGGAGGUGCGUCCCUAUCUGAGCCGGUGGUACGAGGAGUCUGUUAUGCACAUAUACAGAGUGGCACAGCUGGUCCAGAGCAACAUCAGCUUCCUGUUGCACGCUGCUCUGAGUCACACACAUGUGGAGGUCGUCAAUUCGGACGAGAGGACGAAGGGUGACGUGUCCAGGUUCAUCAAAGCAGCCAGUUUACAGGGUCUGUCCCAACAAGACACCACAGCAGCUUCUCUGUGUAAGGCCAUCUCAGAGGAGCCACAGUGUGACCUGGUCAUAGACUGCUCUGCCAGCCCACCCACACUCCUAAACACUGUCAGUAAUCGUUUCUGUGAUGACUGGAAUCAGGCGUUUCUAAACGCUGCAGAGCGUUGUAAUCCCUUCCUGCUCAGACAGAUUCUGGAGAACUUCAAGCUUAAGGCCAUCCAGGAUAUGAACAGCCUGAAGCGCUUGGUGCGCCAGGCAGAGAUGAGUCACUACGCCCUGUUCCGCUGCUGCCAGUUCCUGCAGGGCUGCGGGAAUGGGGACGUGCUGCUGCAGAACGCCAGGGUGGAGCACAGUGACAUGCCCGAGGCCUGCAGCAUCAUCGCCGUCCUGGAGGAGUUUCUCAGGGAACAGUCCCAAGCCCAGGCCUGAUUCCAAUAUGACUCUUAACUCCAAGUACCUUUCCAGUUGGUGGUAAAGCAGACGGCUCUACCAGCCACAAAGUAGAUAACUAAUUAUCAUUCUGAACACUAAAUCCAAUUUUGAUUAUCAGAUUGCCAGAUAACAUUUGGAAAAGUUUUAUUCGCCAGCUGUCAGAACAGACUGAAAAAUUAAAAAAAUAAAACAUCAGUAUCGUCUUCUUGCAGUACGGCUGCUUUUCAAAUGCAACAGUGGAGGUCAGAUCUGCAAUAUCUACUGUUAAACACUGACAGCCUUCACUCAGUUGUUGUUGUUAUUGUUUAUUGACUCAGUAACAUCACAUACAUUAUUUAAGACUAAAGUGGCCCUCAGUAGGGCACAUACUAAGUUGUUAUGGUAGAAAUCAGAAAGAAACAAAUAAAUGUUAAAGAAAGUAAAGAAAAAAAACAAUCCUGGUCAUCACGAACCAGGCCCCAUCCCUCACAGAGGUUGAGGUUAUUGUGUAAUCCUGCUGGCAAAGUAACCAACACACAAACAAACUAGCAGACAUGGGUGAACACAGAACCACAUUGCCAGACAUUUAUAAUAAGAUCAACUCGUAGAUCACAUUAACAUCACAAUCUAUUUAUUUUUAAACUUAUUGUUAAGUGUUUGUGUGACAGAAUCAUGAACCAAAUAUCAUUACUAGUGUUUUUCGCUAACUGACAUGUUCACACUAAGGAAUUGAUCCAAACUAAAGCUUCUGCUCAUGGGGGCAGAUUUAUCCGUUAUUCCAUGUGCAAACAUUCUUUCCUAAUUUUCUUCAUAUUGUAUUUGAUUGUAUUGAUUGUCUUUUGUGAAGAAACAUAUUAAGGAAGCACAAAUCACUUUUAUGCAUUGCUUUUUCCAUAUGCCUUGUUUUGGCUUGUUUCCUUUCAACCCAGUACUUGCACUACUGUUUUAUUUCUGUCUAAUGGAUACUGCUACUAUAUGUAUAUUAGACAUCUGUGUAAUUCCUCUCUGGAAAUGAAGUGUUGUAGAUUUCGUGUAAUCUUUGGACAUAACUUGUAAAUUAGAAUAAAUUAUUUCCUUCACCAACUCAUGAGUUUGUGAGAAGACAUCAGGCACCUUGUGACGAGUCACUCACUACAUGUACUAAGCAUGUGUGUUUUCAAAGUUUAUUAUUACUCUCAGAAAGAAAUUAUACGAAUUACGAUAAAUUAGAUGAAUAAAUGUCCUCAAGAUAAUAUCUGCAUGCCUAGACUUUAUUCUCCUUAUUGUGAACCUGCAACAUGAAAUGCUAUAUAUGUUUAUUCCAUUUAAACCAUGAAGGGUUAAACUCAACCCAUUCCCAAAGUGAGAAGUACAGCAAUAUUAAUGUCGGUGGUGUUUACUUUAAACUGUGAAGCAAGUGACAUGUACAUUUUCCUAUUGUGAACGAUGGUGCUGCUGACCCUCAGUGAGUAUAUGUAGACAUUUCUGUACAGUGGGUUCUCUGUAGUUAUAAAUGACAUGUACUUCUCUGCUUCUAUAGUUAGAGAUGAAAUAAAAACCACAGUGCAACCUC